AUGUGGGAUGAGUUUCAGUGGGAUGACUCUAUGUGGGAUGAUUUCUCUCUGAUUGAGGAGGAGUUUACCGACAAUGAUAGCACGCUAGAUGAGGAUGAGAGCAAGAGUGCAGAAAUAUUUUCAGGACGAGUGCCACAUAAUGCUUCUGAUCCCGAAAGUGCCGACUCCUUGAUUGCAUCUCAACUGGCAAAGAUGUCAGUCGCUGAUCGAGAAAAGGUGUAUAUGGAUGUCCAUGGGAUACCAGACGACUGUAUAGCUGAAACUCCAGAACUGAUUGACAACAGUUUGUUGAGAUUGCAACGUGAAAUCAAUAUUUUACCUGACAAGAAAGCGUACAGCAUUGCUGAACGAAUAAAUCCAAAAUAUGCCCAGGAUAGAGACUUUCGACUUGCGUUUCUCCGAUGCGAGAAGUUUGAUUGUCACAAGGCGGCGCUUCGACUUGUCCGACACUUCCACAUGAAAUUGGACUUGUUUGGUCAGGAUAAGCUUACAAAGGACAUUACUCAAGAUGAUUUGGACAUGGACGACAUGGAAUGUCUCUAUAUUUCUAAUGGAAGAUUCUUGAAUGCGUAUGACAAAGCGGGAAGAGUUAUCAAUGUGGUUGUUCAAGUGCCGAAAACGUACAGGACCGACACAUGUCUUCGAAAGGCCUUUUAUAACUUCAUGACAGUGUGUCGUGACGUCGAGAAACAACGACGUGGCUUUGUCGCUGUCAGUAUCCACCAGGAUGAAAUUAAGGGCGGUAGUUCGGAUAAUGCUGACCUAAUCUGGAAGUUGCCAAAGCUCAAUGAAGGAGUUCCCUUGUGUCUUUCGGCUAUUCAUCUAUGUUACACUGACAAAGCAUGGGAAGGUCUUCUUGCAGUGAUCAAGACUGCACUCAGCAAACCAAACCAAGUUAGAUGUAGGGUGCAUCGUGGCUCGAUCCUCGAAUGCUUUGAAGAAUUACGUGGACAUGGAAUCGACCCAUCUUGCAUACCUGUGAACAACAAAGGCGAGAUUACUGACCUUGUUAAAGAUCGCAAGAGAAUCGAACAACAACGGCGGAAUGAGCGCUUGAAGUAUCCUACUCCUAGUUCGAUUGCUGUUCCAUUUUGCGAGGACGUUUUGUUGGGCAAGGGUACCCCAUUUCAGAUUCACCAUGGCAACAAAAAACUGCAACAGUUUGUAGCAGAUCGGUUCAAGAAGUACGAAAGGGCGCAAAAAGGGGCAAAGAAGGCUGUUGCCCAUGAAAUCGUUGAAGCGGUCAGGAGCAAUGGAGGCCUAUUUCUAAAGCAAGAUGGCAACAGGUGGGUUCCAGUCACCGAUGAUGUGGCGCUGUUGAAAGUGGGCGCUCUUUUCCGAUAUUUGCGGUUGAAGAGUGGAAAAAAGUAG